AUGGAGAGCCUUCAGCUAUCCCAGGUCUUGGCCGACCUCAGCAACCUGGGCGCCGCCGACCCUGGAGCUGCCGAGGCCAUUGUCAGCGCCAACAACGCUGCUCAUUCCAGUUACCCCCGAACCGACGCAACUGUGAAUGCCCUUACCUCGAGUCCCUCUACCAACAACCAGAAACGUCCUACCGGCCUGCAGCGCCACUGGUCAUCCGAAAAGUUCGACAAGUUUGGCCGACGUAUUCUCUCUCCUAGCUCCCACACAGGGUCAGCCGGAAACUCAGUUCCUGGCACUCCUCGCCGCGGCGAAUCCGAUUUCGAAGAAGACCUGGAAAGGGCAAGCACGCUCAUGCAACUAUAUGAUAUUCGUUCCAAGAUCAAGCAGCAGGAUAACAGCAGUUUGCUCAAGGCCCGUGAGAAGGUUAACGCGAUAGCGGCGCGACAGCAAGCUCAGCAAGCAGCGGAACGCAACAUGAAGGCGGCCGACGAGCUCCGACGUCAACGAUACUCUUUUCCUCGGGCUGGCCUCUAA